AUAGGAUUGGCUGAAUCGCUCGAUACUUCUUCCGCUCUGCUUGCGCAUGCGUUGUCUCUUGUAGCGCAACAAGGAAUUCAUUCGUAUGGAAGAUCAGCAGUGAGGAGGUCACCAUGGUGUUGAUGAAUCCUGUCAUUUCCAAGCUGACCGGUAAACUGGUCGUCCUGGCUAGUGCGUCUCCAAGGAGGCUGGAGAUACUCACCAAUGUGGGUUUACGAUUUGAGGUUGUCCCAUCCUGGUUCAAGGAAACGUUAGACAAGAGGCUGUUCAAAAUGCCCCAUGAGUAUGCUGUGGAGACUGCCAAGCAGAAGGCCCUGGAGGUGGCCAAGAGGAUGCCAUUUAAACACCUGAAAACUCCAGACAUUGUGAUUGGAGCAGACACUGUUGUUACAGUGGAUGGACUGAUUCUUGAGAAGCCAGUGGACAAGCAAGAUGCAUACCGAAUGCUUUCAAGGUUGAGUGGUAAAGAACACAGUGUUUUUACCGGAGUGGCGAUCAUUCUCUGCCAUGAGAAAGAAGGUGAAGAGAUUGAUUAUCAAGUSAUUGACUUCUAUGAGGAGACUAAGGUGAAGUUUGCAGAUCUGUCUGACGAUUUACUCUGGGAGUACAUCAAUAGCGGAGAACCCAUGGACAAGGCUGGUGGCUAUGGUAUCCAGGCUCUGGGUGGUAUGCUGGUGGAGUAUGUACACGGAGACUUCCUGAAUGUGGUGGGCUUCCCGCUCAACCAGUUCUGCAAGAAGCUGAGUCUCAUCUUCAGCCCCCCAGGCAGCCUGAAACAAAACAGAACCCAGACCAGCCCCCAAGGCAGCCCUGUCGACACGGUCCCUCCAGCCGAGCCAGCCGCCAGCAGCCCCUCAGGCAGCCCAACCCAUAACGGCCCUCCGGACAGCCAAGGACAAAACAUCCCUUCAGCCAGUACAGCCCAAAAUGUGAAACAGGAGGAGAGUGGGUGUGGAGAGGGCGAGGUGCCCUGGACGUUGGUUAACAACCUGUCUAAGUGCUCUGAGAACGGGGAGGCUGAGCCCCAGGGCAUCAGCGACCCUGCAGCACCAGACUUGACCAGCAGGGGCACCAUGCAGAUGCAGAAUGUGAGGGAGCACGAGACGGAAGACAUCAAGGAAAAGUUGAGCAAGAUGAUCGAGCUCAUGGAUGGAUUUAAAGCCUCAAAGGUGUUGUUCACAGCAUCCAAGCUGCGUGUGUUUGACGUGUUAAGGAGCAGUAAGACAGGGGAGCUGCAGGCUGAGGAUGUGGCCCAGGGGAUCAAAGCAUCUUUGAAGGGGACCGAACGCCUGCUGGAGGCCUGCGUCUCUCUGGGACUCCUGCAAAGAACGGGAAAAGAGUACGCAAACACAGCGAUGUCCAGGCAUUUCCUGCUGUCGGACGGUCCCCUCUCUCUGCAGGGGUACAUCCAGCACUGUAACGAACUSGUGUGGCCUCUCUUCACCCACCUGGAGACUGCUGUGAGGGAGGGGACCAACCAGCACGAGAAGGCCUUCGGGAAAACCUCUGAUAACUUUUUCCAGGAUGCCUACUACAGCAGACAUGAAGUGAAGCUGCGAUUCAUGAAGGCCAUGCACAGCAUCGCAAAGGUUUCUGGUAGAGACGUGGCGACGGCCUUUGACCUCUCCAAGUAUAAGACGGCCUGCGACUUGGGCGGAUGCACUGGGGCCAUGGCGUAUGAGUUUGCCAAAGCACACCCGGGGUUGUCUGUGACCAUGUUCGACUUACCCGAAGUCAUUGAGAUGAGCGGUCACUUCCGGCCACAUGACGCAGAUGACAGAGUAUCUUUUGUAGCAGGAGAUUUCUUCAAAGAUGAGCUUCCCAAGGCAGACGUAUACAUCCUGGCAAGAAUUCUCCACGACUGGUCGGAUGAGAAAGUACACAUCUUGCUGAGUAAAAUUGCGAAAGCAUGCAAUCCUGGCUGCUGCGUGCUGGUGAGUGAGAUCUUUUUGGAUGAGGACAGGAAGGGGCCGAGCAGAGGCCUGCUUCAGGCCCUCAGUAUGACKGAGGGGAGACAAAGGAGCGCCUCCGAAUACAGCCUCCUACUGAAGAGCCACGGCUUCACCUCAGUGCAAAUCAAACACACACACAACCUCCUGGAUGCCAUCCUGUGUGURACUGAGUGACUUGGAGACAAACCUUGAAACCAAUAAAGAAAAUAAAUCAAUGAAAUACCU